AAAAACUUUUUUUUUUUGUAAGCUCGAAAAGUUAUUAUUGAAUAGAUACUAAUGAGUGCAAAUUUAAAUAAAAAACAAAAAGCUGCUAUAAUGGCAGUUGGUAAACAACAAUUAGCCGAUAUAAUACGUAUGGCAUUACAAGAAAAAAUGCAAUUAAAACGUUUACAAUAUACAGUACCAGAUGUUGGUCAAGUUGUUGAAGAAUUAGAAAUGAAAACAAUAAAACAACCGGAAGAAAAAUUAAAUGCAAUACAUAAAGUAUCAGUAAAUGGACAAUUAGUUAGAGUUAUGGAUGUUAUUGAAAAUCGUAUCAUACAAAAUGAUCCACAAUAUGAACCAUGGAAAUUUUUACGUAUGAAUAUUAAAGAAAUGUUUGAUAAAAUGCGUAAAGCAAUUCAAUCAUAGUGUAAUCAUAAACAAAAAU